AUAAAACUGUUCAUUUGAAUUUUUAUUAAAAAUAAUUGUUAAAUUCAAGUCUUGAAAAGCAAUCAUUUCAAAACCAUGCAGAUCAUUUUGGUGUUAUUGUCUACAUUUGUUCUUGUUUUUUCUCAACAAAAAGUACAGAAUCAGUGCGACGAUCCAAAUGAAGAGUUUAUGAUCUGCGGUUGCGAUCACAGUUGUGAAGAUAAUUCUACAGGAUGCAAAACAUGUUCAAUGGGAUGCUACUGCAAACAAGGUUAUGUCAGAAAUAUUAACGAUGCAUGUAUAGAGAAAACACAAUGUAGUCAGAUCAAUGCACAAAAAAUUUGUAAACUGCCUGGAGAAAUAUAUUUAGAGUGUGAAAAUCCUUGUCCUGAUCCAUGCUAUGAGCAUGUUAAAUGUCCUGAAUUAUGCGUUCCAGGAUGUUACUGUGAGCCAGGCUUAAUUAGAGAUAAAUUGGGAUAUUGUUAUCCAGAUUUUAUACAAAAGCCUAGUCCAAAAAACGAAUGCAAGAUCCCCGGAGAAGAAUAUGUUCAGUGCAAAGAGGUAUGCCCAAAAACUUGUGAGAAUUACAAGAAACCGAUAAACUGUCCAAUCUCGUGUUAUACGGGUUGCAUAUGCACGGAUGGUUUAGUUAGAAAUGAAAAAGGUGUUUGUGUUCAUCAUACCCAAUGCAAAAACGAGAUUAUUGGAGUUGAUUGCGGAAGUGAUUUUGAAAUAUAUAUGACAUGUGGCUGUGAAUCAACUUGCAAUAACCCUAAACCAAUUUGUAAUGACAGUAAUUGUAAAAUGGGCUGCAAGUGUAAAGAUGGAUUUGUAAGAAAAGAUAAGGAAUGUGUACCUUAUGCAAUUUGUCGAAAUAUAAUUAAGCCACCAAGUAAUCGGAAACGAUGUAAACAAGAAAAUGAAAUUUGGCUAGAUUGUGGACCUCUUUGUAUUCCAACUUGUGAAAUUCCAACACCUAUAUCCUGCGCAAAAAAUUGCAAACCAGGAUGUUACUGCCAAUCAGAAUAUAUUAGGAACAACUAUGGGUUAUGCGUCCUUCCCUCAGAUUGCACCAAUGGUCAAAAAGGGAAAUAAUCAAAUUAUGAUUAUCUUGUUUUUCUCUGUGAAUAAAAAAGAAAUAAAUUUCCGAAAAUAAUUUAUUCAAGACCAAAUAUGUUAAUCACAAUUUGAUAUUUAAUUUACUUUAUAAAAGUUUUUAAUUAUAAUUUUUAUAUUGCUUUUAUAAAUUGAAUAUAUGUAGCUGUAUUUGCACUUUGAAGAAUUUUGAUUUAUGAAAAUUUUA